UCCCCGCCCGCCUCAGCCCGCCUCCCGCCCGCCAUGGCCGCCCGCGGAGCCGAGCGGCGCCGAGCCGAGCGCCGCGGCAGUGCCGGGGUCUGGCCGCUGCCUGGCAGCGCCCCGUGAGCGGGGACAGCGGGCGGCGUGUCCCUGCGCUCGGUCCUGCCCCCCGUCCUCCUCCCGGAGCGGCGAUGAGCGAGACCCGCGCCGGGGGAGUCGCCGCCUAGACCGGCAGCCAGGAUGGUGCCCCUGCAGCCCCUGCCCCUCGUCGUGGUCCAGGGCGUCCUCCAGCUCGUGUUCUGUGACACCAGUCGGGUCGUACAGGCCACGGACGUGCUGGACUGGGAAGACAAGGAUGCUGCAGAGACACUGGUUGACAACGUGGUCCAUUCCAGGAUCAUCAACCCUCUACGCCUCUUUGUUAAACCAUCUCCAGUGCUGAAACACGGCCAGGUGUCCUACUCGGACACCAUAGAAAACUUUUGGGAUUGGUUGUCCAACAUCACGGAGGUUCAGGAAUCUCUGGCACGAACUAAACGCAGACCUAUAGUGAAAACUGGGAAAUUCAAGAAAAUGUUUGGAUGGGGUGACUUCCACUCCAACAUCAAAACUGUAAAGCUGAACCUCCUGAUCACGGGGAAAAUCGUCGAUCACGGCAACGGAACCUUCAGCGUUUAUUUCCGACACAACUCCACGGGUCUGGGGAAUGUUUCUGUCAGCCUGGUGCCACCUUCCAAAGUGGUGGAGUUUGAACCAUCCCCACAGUCCACGCUGGAGACCAAGGAGUCCAAGUCCUUCAACUGCCGCAUCGAGUACGAGAAAACAGACCGCGCUAAAAAAACUGCCUUGUGCAACUUUGACCCUUCCAAGAUCUGCUACCAAGAGCAGACCCAAAGCCAUGUCUCCUGGUUGUGCUCCAAACCCUUCAAAGUCAUCUGCAUUUACAUCGCUUUCUACAGCGUAGAUUACAAACUGGUGCAGAAGGUCUGUCCCGACUACAACUACCACAGCGAGACGCCCUACCUGUCCUCCGGCUGACCCGGCCUGGGGAUCGCUGACAAAAACGAGCAUUCCCAUUAACCUUUUGGAGAGGAAUAUGGUUUCCUAUCAGGUUAAAAAGUCUCUAAAAACUGUAGCUGUGUUCGUGCUGUAUUGUAACUAAUCCAGCUGUUUAGGUAACAGUCGUUUUCGUUUGAGGCCGUCGCGUUUUAGCUCUCUCAUCAUUCGUAAGGGAACUGCCAGGCAGGCACGUGACAAGAACCAAACAAAAUUAUGUCUGUAGUGAACAUUGAUCCUAAAAAUCACUUUUUUGAACAACUCCAUGGUAGAGAGGUUGUCUUUUACUUGAAUUGGAUAGCACUUAGCAGGUCCUGUUUCUCAUUGGGAACUUUAGGUGACAAUAGAAAGAAGAAGUGAUGAAGCAGCCUCAAAGCUGCUCAUACUCAAACCUCAAAUAAACAGCUCUUCCACUGAUUUCAUAAAGAAUGUUACACAGAGGACUCAAGUAGUCAAGUCCAAAUACUAAGAGGAAGUGCUAAUUCUUUGAUAAAAAAUGAAAGAAAUCUGCAUUUUUAUGAGUUGCAGUAGCUGUAGGUGUUUAUUGAAGUGAAGAGUGAGUAGUUCUUCCUUCAGACUUCCUACCCAUGGAUAUGCAAUGAUGUAAUUAGACCUCAAUGAGCUUUAGUUUCUUAGACCCCACAGGUGUGCACAUGUGGUAUACAUCCCUUCCUCCCGUGCCCACCACUGGGUUUGAUUCCCCUCACACAUUCACACAAACACACACCCCAGUAUUAGUUUUGCAGCAACAGAGAAUCUAUAAAUACCUGGGAAGAAGAUAAUCUCUAAGUCAUCUGGUCUAGUGAAAGGUGCCCCUUCCCGUGGCAGAGGGGUUGGAACUGGAUGAUCUUUAAGAUUCAUUCCAACCCAAACCAUUCUGUGAUUCUCUGAACUGUAACAGGGGCUGGCUUCCAGGCAAAGAAGCAAUUAUUUUGCUAUCCAGCCCCUGAGCAUUUAAGUGCAGCAAGGAAAACACGUCACAGCACAAGGAUGGUACCUGAACAAGCAGCUUUCUCCUUCUUGGCACUAGUUGUUCCCUUAGCACUGCACUGUACACCUUAAGUCAAAGUAUCAGCUGUGACAAAGAGAGAGAACAACAAAAAUCUAUGCACCUUCACCUCAUAAAGCAGGUUUGAAACUGUUAAAAUAAAUACUCAGCCAGGCUUUCCCCUAGUGCAGCACCAGCUCCCUGCACUGCAGCUGUAGCAAGGGAGGGUCCAGCUGUGGUUGUGCUCCACCAGGUGUGGUCCCACUGCAGUCAGGAGUGGCUGGCUCUGGCCAUGCAGGUUCCAGCAUCACCCCUGUGCUUUCUCUGGGUAUUGAUCUGCUGCUGCUGCUGCCAAUUUGCUCUCCUGCUCCUUGGUGACAGCUCGAUGUCACAGGUCCUGUGGAAGGGGCUGGCUGAGGAAGUGCUGAUUGCCUCCAAGCAGACUCGCACACAGGGUUCAAGAAGUUACACACAGCUGAAAUAAAGCACUAUUGAAAUACUGUUUGGUGAUGUGCACACAGACAAGUGACUAUGGCAGCUUGGAAGGACUCACUCAUGAGAUUAAUUCUGAUUUCCUUGGUAAAGACUCACACAAAAAAAAUUAUUCCGUUAAAAAUAUACGAGUAACUGGGUGAUUUGUUUUUCUCUUUAGGUGACAAAUUUAAAUGUGUGGUUUAGUUUGAUCAAUAAUCUAAAUGUUUUCCUUCAUCUUAUUUCAUACAGAGUCUCUCCUGGUCUAUAAUGAUGUUUUUUAGUUUGCCUAUUCCUGUCAAUUCCUCCAAGUUGGUCUACUUUGUAUUCUGUAUAGCGUGUCCUCGCCCCAGCUGUACAUGAGCUUGGAUUUAUUGCUACGAGUUCAGUGGUUGGUGCUUUUGUAACUUAGCUGUAAGCCAUGAUUUUAUUGCCAUGUAUUUUUACUCAGCACUGUAGGCAAUUAAAAGAAAACCCUACAUGCUAUUAAUUGUAGAGUAUGUGGAAACCAUGUAUGUAUAUACACUUAAAUAUGUGUACAUAUACAGAACAUAUGUGUACAUGUAUUUGUAUGUAAAUAAAGAGAGUUUAUUAAAUCUGG